UUUCAAUUUUGUUCGGUCCACAGCAAUAAUAAUCCCUCCCAGGAAAGUUAAAAGGAAAGGGGAAGAAGUUUCAGAGAGAGAGAGAGAGAGAGAGGGAGAGCAAUCGAGAGAUCUCUGUGGUGUUGAAACAGGGGUUCGUAGAUCUCUCUCUCCAUCAAUGGGUCUGUGGGAAGCUUUUCUCAAUUGGCUUCGAAGCCUUUUCUUCAAGCAGGAAAUGGAGCUUUCUUUAAUAGGGCUCCAGAAUGCUGGAAAAACUUCACUUGUCAAUGUUGUUGCUACUGGUGGAUAUAGUGAAGAUAUGAUCCCUACGGUCGGAUUUAAUAUGAAGAAAGUAACUAAGGGAAAUGUUACAAUAAAGUUGUGGGAUCUAGGCGGUCAACCCAGGUUCCGUAGCAUGUGGGAGAGAUACUGUCGUGCAGUCUCUGCUAUUGUUUAUGUUGUUGAUGCUGCUGAUCAUGAUAAUAUCAGCAUCUCAAGAAGCGAGCUUCAUGAUCUGCUAAGCAAGCCAUCACUAAGCGGCAUACCGUUGCUGGUGUUAGGCAACAAGAUUGACAAGCCAGGAGCCCUUACCAAGGAGACUUUGAUGGAAGAGAUGGACCUCAAGUCUAUAACUAAUCGUGAGGUAUGCUGCUUUAUGAUCUCAUGUAAAAACUCAACAAACAUAGACGCCGUUAUUGAUUGGCUUGUCAAGCAUCCCAAAUCAAAGAACUGAAGAAAGGGUCCAUCCUCGAGACUUUAUUUGCUUGAAACUGUAGAAGAGAUUUUAGCAGGAUCGUUGGUGAGAUUUGCUUGUUUUAUGUUGCUGGCUGCUAGCUGGCUCACUGUUUGUUGUCGUCACUUUGAAGCCGAGCUUUCUUUGGUUUCAUUGUACAUUAAUCAUUUGUGGACCAUACAAUACUCUUCUGGGGGUCCCCGGCUUCUGUAAAGAUAUGAAUAUUAGCAUUGAUUUUCAACA